CGCGCCGAACGGACGUAUUCGAAACAUGCCGCGCACGCUCAAACUUCCGAACACGAAUACUUGAAUUUCGAAAUAAAAAUGACUUUAUAAUUAUUUCCCAAUUAAUUUCAAUGGAAUACGAAUGGAAAACUCCAUUCACUGUUGCAUCGUGAAUUCGUUAACAUGUAAUAUAAACCGAAUGUGAUUGAUAAAAGUUGGUGUAAUUCAGUGGCAGUAUGGUAUAUGUCGGUGUUAAAGAGUGUGACAACACCAUAAAUGGAAGGAACCAAUUUGUUUAUUUUAUAUUUGUGCAUUUACUUUUAAUUGGACUGAACGGCACUAAUGCGCAAAACCGAGCGCCGCGUAUCAAGGAGCACCCGUCGAACACAGUGUCGGGUCGAAGCGAGCCAGCAACACUGCGGUGUGUGGUGGAAGGCAGGCCCAAACCCGCCGUGCAGUGGUAUAAAGACGGGUCGCCUGUGCCCGCCGCGGACGACGGCCACAGGGUUCUUUUGGAAGACGGAUUGCUGUUUUUAAAAGUAAACCGUGGUAAAAAAGAUAGUGAUGAAGGACUGUAUUGGUGCGUUGCGAGAAAUAUCGCUGGAGAGGCUGUAAGUCAUAACGCAACUUUAAAUGUGGCUGUGCUUCGAGAUGAAUUCAAAGCGGAACCUAGAGACGUGCACGUGGCGGCGGGGGAGCCCGCGGUGUUAGAGUGCGCUGCACCGAGAGGCAUACCGGAACCUUCGGUGCAUUGGCUGAAGGAUGGACAAAUGUAUGAUGUAGAAGUGAACGGGAGGGUAACAAUUACUGAAACUGGAAGUUUAAAAAUAUUGGAAACGCUUCCUACCGAUAGUGGACUAUUCAGAUGCGUGGCUUCAAAUGUCGCCGGAGAACGACAAUCGAGGGCCGCGGCGUUGAUUGUUUUGAGAAGACCACAUUUUGUUGUCAAACCUAACAAUGUAACUGCUUUAGUGGGUCAAGAUGUAGAGUUUAAUUGUCAGAGUUAUGAUUCUUCAGUAUCGAUAACAUGGGUGAAGGAGGAUGGUGUUCUGCCAAAGCACGCCUCAAUACAUCGUGGGUUGUUACGCUUAGAGCAUGUGUCCGCAACAGAUGCGGGCGUGUACUCCUGCCGAGCGGACAGCGCCGCGGGCUCGAGUACAGCGAGCGCCUCUCUCACCGUGUACUCGUUACCACACUUCAUACAAAUACCAUCCAAUCUGACCGCGUGGGAGGGCGAUGUGGUUUCCAUACCUUGCGAAGCUAAAGGUCUUCCCACGCCGACCACCUUCUGGAUUCUACAAGGAACGGAGGAUGUUCUAUUAUUUCCUGAAUGCACUAAGAGCAAUUCAAGUUUAUUGUAUUUAGACGAUGCAAAAACAGAACACGCAGGAAGAGUUAUAUGCGUAGCCGUAAAUGCAGCUGGAAGUGUAACGCAAGAGGCUCACUUGAAUGUUUUAAAGAAAGACGUUGACGCUUUUAACCAACAUGUAGGACAAGAAUCUGGGGACGGGUACGAGUAUGAAGCACAAAUGACAGUAUACGAACUAGUUCAAGCGAGAAAGUAUUUAAAGCAAAAUGUUCUAAAGUUGAGAAGGGUGGAAACUUUGUCUUCGACUUCCCUCAAAGUUGUCUGGGAUGUACUGACGGAUUAUAAUGAAUAUUUGGAAGGGGUAAAAAUAUGGUACAACGGAACAUCUCUAAACUGGCGUAAUUCUAGUUCAGAAGAUGUUACAAUGAAUUCAUCUCAAUCGUACACUUCCUGUUCGAACGGUUCCUUGACAAAUGUGGAUAAUAGCGGUUCGUCUAGUUACGUGCUAUCUGGGUUAGCGUCGUAUACUCAGUACGAUGUGUUCGUUAUGCCAUAUUAUAAAACGCUGUUGGGAAAACCAUCGAAUUCAAUGACGGGAUACACCGAUGAAGAUGUGCCAUCGCUGCCGCCACAGAGCGUGACUGGGAGUGUAAUUAACGCGACCUCGGCGAGGAUACGAUGGGAACCGCCACCUGCUAACACUUGGAACGGAGAACUCACCGGUUAUUUGAUCGAAAUACGCGUUGGAAGUAACUCAGGUGGUAGAGUAGUUGGUCAGAUGUCACUGGGCGCACGCACUCGCGCGGCAACCGCCAGCUCACUCCGCGCGGGAGGCCGGUAUAGUGCCCGCGCGGCGGCUGUCACUCGCAAGGGACAUGGACCCUUCAGUGCACCAGCUCUUAUUCAUAUGGUGCCCACCCAAUCGCAGAGGCAUUACGUACAAACAGAACCGCCAAAAGAUACAAAAAUACCCCACAUUCUUCAAGAGACGUGGCUAUUAGCGCUCUGUCUGACUUUAUUCACGAUCAUUAUUAUUGGAUUGUUCAGUAUUUAUUAUAUCAAGCGGCGAAACACCGUUCAAAGGAAGAAGUCUACGGGUCAGUCGAUUGUUACGGCGCAGCAGUGUCUAUUGAAUAAAGACACUAUCUGGCUCCGCGAGCGACCCGUGUUCUCGCCGCCCAACGAAGCUCCGCUAGAUGUAGGAAAUUGCCAUCAGACUCUAUUACAAGGAGGUCAAUCUACGAACAUUCUAAAUGUAGAACCUGAGUACUGCCUGCCACAAAACUCUAUUCAGGGCUUGGAUGCAUCCAGUGUAGACAGGAUGAAGCGCGGCCCGCCGGAGCCGUAUGCGUCGAACGCUAUUUACACAGAACUAAACUUCAAGGACAAUAACGAAAUCGGAGAUCUGAGAAAUUGUCCAGAAAGACGAUCCCAUAACAAUAGCAUUGUUAGAUCGUGCAACGGGAGCAUUCAGUACUCUAAUGGUGAAUGUUCGACUUGUUGUCAUAGCACGUCCAGUCGGUCUACUAAAGAUUAUAGAGAGCUGCGACACGAGAAUGUACACAACGAAAUCAAUGUUAUUGAAGACGAUUGCGCCUCGUGCCAUACUAACAGAUCAGGAUCUCGAAGUAGACAGGACAAAAGUAAAGUGUGUCCAGCCAAUGAUUUAGAAUACGAUUAUCCUCAAUGGCAUUGGCUGGGCAGAGAGAACAGUUUCAAGAUUCCCAUUCAGUCGGGCAGACAUUCUAACGUUGCAAGGAGUGAACAGGGCUGUCAAAUAAAUCUGAGUGAUAUACUGCCGCCUCCGCCGUAUGAGAGCCCUGACGGUAAGAAAUGAAGAAUUUGGAAGUCGAUAAAUUUGAUGUCUUUAGAGAAAUAUGAGAAACUUGAAGCAAUAAAUCAAUAUCAAUGUUUAAAACUUAUUAUAAUGUAGAAUCUGUAAUAAAAAUACAAUCUUUAGGUAAAACGUUAGCACAUCAUUAAGUAAAUAAGAAAAACAAUUUGGGUACAUAAAACGGUUGUAUAUCUUAAAAGUUAAA